AUGUCCACUGCUGUUCAAGAACCUACACCAUCCAGGAAUCAAGACCCACACUCUACCAUGAGCUUCAACGGACAAGAACCAAUGCAAUGGGCUACACAUACCAAUUUCAUGUUCACUCCCAUCGGCCAGGAUUGUGCUGGUUACAACACACCUAAUCCCCUUCCGCUCGGCAACUCUGGCGACUUCUACCACUACGCCCAGAACGGCAUGUCCUACAACGACAACUACAGCAUGGCGUUCCCAACACAAGGCCCUAGUUCGAGUUGCCCACGAUCAUACAACAGCUCGGAUCUCAUCACCAUACCCCGUGAAAACUGUGUGGUAGACUCCUACCCACCCACGGCAUACCACAUCGAGCCACCGAAAAACCACGACGCGUUAGAUCUUUCGGACCAUGGGAUCAACGACCAGCUAAUGCAGUUGAGCAAUGACUAUGACCACCAUCAAUACGGGUCGCAUAUGAAAAUCGAGGAUCCAACUGGCUACCAAAGCCCAUACUCUGACCUGACGCGAGCUUCCACGCCGGGCGACGAUCCUCCUGGACAUGCAGACUCCCACUUUGAAGGACAUGGAGGUAAUUUUGACAAGGAGCAGCCAUAUGCGCAGCUCAUAUACCAAGCGCUGAUGAACGCUCCGGACCAUACGAUGAUAUUGCGCGAUAUUUACGACUGGUUUAAGAACAAUACAGACAAGGCCAAUGAUUCUGGUACUAAAGGAUGGCAAAAUAGUAUCCGGCACAACCUCUCAAUGAAUGGGGCCUUUGAGAAAGUUGAUCAUCCCAGCGAAGCAUCCCGCAAAGGCUUCAUGUGGCGACUCACCGACCAAGCGAUACUCGAGGGCGUCAAAUCAACGACCCGCUACCGCAGCAAGCAGCCCAACAAGCGCGGCCCUCGGAACCACCAACCCCAGCCUCAACGCCAGGCAUCAGGUGCAAAGGGAGGAAAAGCCUCCCGCCGUUCAGCCAGGAUGCGCUCGGCCCGCAUGCAAGACACAUACCUCAAUCCCCACUACAUGUCUCGCUCCGUCCCGUCUGCCUUUGACCCUAGAUACCAACGCCCCGACUCCUCAAUGUCCUACACUCCCUCCACACAUUCCAGCAGCGACAUGGACUUUAGCUACGGACCACCAAGCAAGACCGAGCGCUACACAAGCAGCCCAUUACACAGCCAUCACUCGCAUCUCGACAUCUUCUCGCGUGCUACCGCGCGACCCUACAUGGUAAACCACCAUCCUAUGACGCAUGGGCUGCCGAUAUCGGAUACGGGCUAUGUGCUUGACCAGAGCCCGACAGAGAGUUUGUUUACGAACAGUCCUAGUCCAAGUGCAGAUGAGCCGAGGACGCCGGUGGACCAAGGGUGUUGGCAGGAGGAUGUAGAUAUGGGGCCAACAUGCGUGUUUGACGAGCAGAUUGCUUAUCGCGAGUAUGCGGGGUGA